AUGCUGAGGACGACCCUGCUCUGUGUGGUGCUUGGGCUCCUAUGGGCACAGCCCUUCCCGUGCCCACCUGGCUGCAAGUGUGUCUUCAGGGAUGCCGCGCAAUGCUCUGGGGGCAACGUGGCAAGCAUCUCAGCGCUCGGUCUGCCCACCAACCUCACGCACAUCCUGCUUUUCCGCAUGGACCGUGGCCCCUUGCAGAAUCACAGUUUUAGCCACAUGACAGUCCUGCAGCGCCUGAUUCUCUCAGACAGCCACAUUUCUGCCAUUGCCCCCGGAACCUUCAAUGACCUGAUAAAACUAAAAACCCUGAAGUUGUCGCGCGACAAAAUCACUCAUCUUCCAGGUGCACUAUUGGAUAAGAUGGUGCUCCUGGAACAGUUGUUUUUGGACCACAAUGCACUAAGGAGUAUUGACCAAAACAUGUUUCAGAACCUGGUUAACCUGCAGGAGCUCUUUCUGAACCAGAAUCAACUAGCUUUCCUUCCUGCUAGUCUCUUCACAAAUCUGGGGAACCUCAAAGUGUUGGAUUUAUCGGUUAACAAUUUGACCCAGCUGCCCAAGGGACUGCUUGAGACACAGGCUAAGCUUGAGAAACUUCUCCUCCACUCGAACCAGCUCACAUCUCUGGAUUCUGGGCUGUUGGAUAGCUUGAAAGCCCUGCUUGAGCUGCGGCUUGACAGAAAUCACAUCCAUUUCAUAGCACCAGGUGCUCUCGACCGUCUCGGAAACCUGAGCACUUUGACUCUUUCCAGAAACCACCUCGAAUUUCUGCCCUCUGCACUCUUUCUUCAUACGCACAAUUUGACUCUCCUGACUCUGUCUGAGAACCCGCUGCAAGAGCUUCCCGGAGUGCUCUUUGGGAAGAUGGCCGGCCUGAAGGAGGUGUGGCUGAGCGGAACCCAGCUCACCACUUUACCGGAUGCCGUCUUCCGCAACCUGAGUCGCCUGCAGGCCCUAGGAGUGACUCUGAACCCGCGCCUGAGCGCGCUUCCGGAGGGAGCCUUCCGGGGCCUUAGCGAGCUCCAGGUGCUAGCCCUGCACUCCAACAACCUGAUCUCGCUCCCCCAGGGCUUGCUGCACGGCCUCCGCAGCCUACGGGAAGUCUCGCUGCGCAACAACCGGCUGCAAGUCCUGCCCCGUGCGCUCUUCCGCAACCUCAGCAGCCUGGAGAAGGUCCAGCUUGACACCAACCAGCUGGAGACCCUGCCUGGCGACGUGUUUGGAGCUCUGCCCCGGCUGACAGAGGUCUUGCUGGGGCACAAUCCCUGGCGCUGCGACUGUGGCCUAUGGCCAUUCGUGAGGUGGCUGCGACAGCACCGACUCCACGUGGGCCAAGCCGAGCCUCCGCUGUGUGGCUAUCCUGGGCAGCGCGCGGGCCUGCAAAUCUGGGCUCUGCCGGAGGGUGACUCGUGGUGCCCAGGCACCCGGUGGCCAACUCCCCAUCCAUCCACGGAGGACUCCUCGGAAGUCCUCACCCACUCAGCCCUGCCCAGCGGCUUCUUGCCCUCUGCCCACCCUGCCUUGGUACCUAACAGCGAAGACCCCUGGGUGUGGGCCCAACUGGUGGCCAAAGGCAAACGUGAAGAUCAUAGACAAUUCUGGGGUCUUUAUUUUCUGCUUUUAGCCGCUCAGGCCAUAAUAACUGGGAUCAUUGUGUUUGCUAUGAUUAAAAUCAGCCAGCUCUUACAAAAAUUAAUCACAGAGAGGGUUCUUGUUUGA